AUGGAAGGUUUUUUUUUAUAAUUCUAUUCUCCUGAUAAUAUUAAGAUUGGAGAAUUUAUGAAAGUUACUGAAAAUACAAGAAGAUUACUAAGUUAAAAACUAUCAAGCAGAUAUAAUUACAACAGAUUAUGAAUUCUUGUAACUUAAAUGGAUACUUUAAUAAACAGAUGUUAAUUUGAAGAAGUUUUCAUCUGAAGAAAAAACUUAAAGUGAAAAUAUCUUGUUAGAAAAACAUCAAUAAACUGUUUUCAUGUAAUUGAAUUACCUUGCUAAAUAAAUAGUUCAUUAAUGA